CUCCCUCAGCUGCCAAAUAUCUCUGCGCAAGCACCCGAGCCUUUGGCACAAGAAGCCAAGCCUUUGUUGAGCCUUCCUGGUCCCACAGGCAGCAGUACCAUAUGUCCUGAUGCCAAGACAUUCUUAUCUUACCUUCGACAUGUUCAUUUCACGGCCAUAAAUCGUCAGCCUAUCAGGGAACUGUUAUCUUACUUCCAGCGUGUUCCUGAUGCAAGCAUGGCUCAUCAGCUUCUGAUG